AUGCCGUCGCGAACUUUCCUGUUCAAAGAAGAAGCCAAAGCCUCUGGCUUUAAAGCAUUCAAAGAUCGUGUUACCCUCGUGAUGUGUGGCAAUGCUGCUGGAUUUUUGCUAAAGCCGGGGCUUAUUUACAAAUCGAAAAACCCUCGCGCUUUGAAAAAUAAAAAUAAGAAUCUCCUUCCCGUGUACUGGAUGCAUAAUCCAAAAGCAUGGAUUACGAAGAUGCUGACCUCCAACUGGUUCCACCAGUGUUUUAUCCCACAAGUCAGUAAAUAUCUCUUAGAGAAGGGCUUGCCAUUUAAGAUCCUUCUCCUUAUGGAUAACGCUGGUGGACACGCAACUGAUCUGUCGCAUGAGGGGAUUCAGGUUGAGUUCCUGCCACCCAACACAACGUCAUUAAUUCAACCGAUGGACCAGGGGGUUAUCAGGGCGUUCAAGGGCCUCUACACGAAGAAUACCUUGGCAGACCUCGUUGCAUGUGUGGAUGCUGCCCAAGAUGAUGAGGAUGAAACAUUCAAUUUGAAGGCGUACUGGCGGCAGUACACAAUAGCCACGUGCCUGCAGAACAUCCAGAAGGCACUGAAAGAAAUGAAACCUGCUACUGUUAAUGCGAGCUGA